AACAACAACAAAAAAGUAUGCAGUGCAAUUCCUGACAACAGAUGGAUCAAUGUACUUUACAAGAGUAAGGCUCAUACAUAAAGUAAGAGGGACACAAAAUGUACUUAACACACAUAUGGAGACAGUCCAAUAUACGUCAACAAACAAAUGGCGAAAAAAAUACAAACGCCAUUCAGUGUUACAGGUGCUUGCAGCCAUGGAAUGCUGCUGGGUAUACAGUAAAACCUCCCCAUUAGAGGCUGGCAUGAAAGAAUGGGUUCAACCUAGACAAUGGAGGCAGGACACAUAGCAAUGACUCCUACACAUGGUCAUUCUUUGCCAGAAAAUUGUACAGGGUGAGGGAACAAACCAUGCCGACAGCACAAGGCAUCUGUCUUACCCUACCAGUUCUUAUGGUCGUGAUUGAGAACAAAACUAAAGGGUGAGAAGAAACCAAAUAGUUAGCUGAAGUAUGGAAUGCGACAUAUGUGUGCAUUAGUGUAUGCUGAAGUUAUUGGAUUUUCCGUUUCUUAUGCAUGUUUUCUUACCCCCUGAAUCUUAGAAUAGUCUGUAUCCAUCUAAUGAAUUCAACAUCCUUUCUAAUAGACCAUCUGCACUUCCAUUGCAAUUCCUUUACGAGCACUUCUAUUUAUAUAUACACCGUCUUAUACUUUGCGAAAGCACUGUAAAAUCUGAGGCUGGAAGCAAAAGUAAAGACCUUGCAUAUAUAUCACUUUAAAUUGGGCUCUUAUGUGGUAAUUGUUUUGUUUUGUACAAUGAAUCAAAAAAGAUAAAGAGAGGGAGAAGGAGCAACAACAACACAAAUACAGUUUGAAACUCUAAGUGGUUUCAUUUAUUAUUGCUUUUCUUCGUGUUAUUGUUUUUGGUCUCCUUUUUCAUUCUGUUUACUAUUUCAAACAUCUUCCCCCUUUGCUCAUGAAUUAUGAAAUGUUACAAGAAAUUGAAUGUUUCUCUUUAGCAUGUGUGAAGUUCAGACAUGCAAUCAAAAUCAGUGACUGUAAACACUGUCACACACUUUACAAUUUACAUUGAUGUAUGAUAAAGUAAAGCCAUGAGUAUGACAAUGGAAAGACACAAAAAACAUUUCUACUUACCUAAAGAUCAAGAUCACAGGCUAAUAAACAAACAUAAUUUAUAAGUAAAUAUGAUAAAAAGUACGCUAUGAUAUUUGAAUGAGUCCUGUUGUCUUAAAGUGGAAUAAAAGACAUGUCUAUCUAUAGACCUAGACCUUUCCCACAAACAACCAAUCACAUGCGCGCAUCCAGACGCUACGCCACCAACCAAUCAGCGGUCGUCAUGCACAUCAAACACGGCUUAGGCGGUAAAUCAACGUCGACAGUUUUAUCUUAAACGAUUAAUGACAAUUUUGACUGAAGACCAUUUCAUCUGAUCAUUCUGAUGUAAAAGUCGAUUUCUCUUAAACCAAAAAAGUUGCAAGGCGAUAAAAUACCAUUUCAUGUGAUCUCUCAGAUCUACAAGUCGAUUUCUAUUCAAACAGAAGGCGAUAAAAGAGUUGAGAAGCGCCUUGCAAAUGGUCGACGUCGACAUGACUGACAUGCCUGAUGUCGACAUGACUGACUUGCCUGACGUCGACUUGACUGACUUGCCUGACCUCGACUUGACUGACAUGCCUGACGUCGGCGUCUCCAGUGCCGGACAUAGUCCUAACAAGCUUGGCAUUGACAUGAGAGGAGAUACAACAUAUCCUACGAGCUCCGAGGCAAAGUCUCACGACUUUUUAGAUUCUUCGUCAGAUUUCAGCUUGACCAGCGUUUCAACCUUGGACGUCCGUGAUUUUGAAGGACACAGCCCACCCGACCUCGAAGCUGAACCUGAAAAUGACGAAUUUUUUCUUCCGCAAACGUCAGCUAACGACGGGACAGCACUUGGGGGGCAACAUAACCUCGAGUUCAGCAAGUAUCAGCCUGACACUUGGCCUUCAGACACCGAACUUUCGGACGAUGUCGGUGAGCGGUACUUGUCCGAGUCGAAAUCCCGACCGCAUGCUCUGUAUAUGCUGGAUAUGUCUGCGGCGAGCAUUGCUGAGAAGAUAGCCAUGCAGAGACACUUGAUUGUCAGCUCCAGUGGAAACUAUACCGAGUUCGCCAGUCCUUGUAGAGAGAGAGGUGCCAGUUCACGGAGAAAGUCAAGCUGCCUGCCAUUAAAGAAGCUCCACAGGUUUGGACAAGAAACUUGUCUCUUUUUUCGUCGCAGACUUCUACAGCGAAGAGAGACAACAUUACAAAAAUGUGAACUUACUCUGACUUCAGUUCCAGAGGAAAUGGAUAAUCUGGUCCUACUAUUCACUAAACACACAGAUUUUAUGGUCACAGAAGCUGUUUCAAUCUACUUUCCUUCUUUUUUUGAAAACAAGGUGAUGGUUCCACAAUGCCUACUGCCUAGCAACUCUCAAGAGACUGUGGACAUAGUAGUUUGCUGUUUGACUCAUGUCACACAAGGUCAUCUACAAGGCUUCAGCAAGAUUUGUGCCAGUGCCAAGUGCUGUCUGCAGACAGAAAACAAAGUCCAUCUUGCUUUUUCUGUAGACCUAGCACCUCACCAACCACAGUGUGCUUUGCUGUCUCAGAGAAAUACUUUGCUUUCCUGCAGAGUUCUGGUCAGCCACCUUCCAUCCUCACAAUACCAUUUUGAGUCUAAGCCUCAUCCAGUCAGCACCCACUUUAUAGAAAUGAUGCUUUUACAAACUGCUGCACCAUUCCAAGAACAUUUUAAGAUGGUAUCUUCCACCUGUGACAGUCCAGCCUCAUUUUGCAUAGACCUACAGCCUAGGAGUUACUAUGCUGUUUGCAUGUAUCGCCUAACUACAGCUUUGGUUUCUGGAGUCUUCAAUGUACCCUGUGCUGCCUCGCCCAUCCACUUGAAAACAUAUGCUGAUAAACAUUCUACCAAAAACAUGCUUGAGCGGACUGAGGCCAUGAUAAGUGGAGGUGAAGCAACUCUUUUGCCACACCUAUUUUUGUCCAAACCACAGGUAUCUGACUUGGAAUACUUUCUGAAUGCAUGUACUUUCAGCAAGCCAGAGAUUGCCCACAACAUAAGGGCAACCUAUAGAAAAAAACAUAUCUAUCUUGCAAAGAACAGUCACCUUGAUGGCCUGCGCUUUGCAGCAUGGGAUGGCCUGCCAGAUACAAAGGAUCAGUACACUUUGAGUGAACCAAGUGAACAAGUGCAUGUGCCAGCACUGACCAUAUUUAAUGUGGACACUCGCCUGUAUUUUGCAGAUUUGUGGUCUUUCUAUGAGAAACAUUAUGUCACCCUUGUACUUACAACCCCUGGCUCUAAGACCCACAAGAUCUGCAAGAAACUCUUUUGUAAGUUAGAUCCCUACAGUAAUUUGUUCUUCUUUCGCAAGCGCUCACUUUGUCCUGAACCCAGCGUGGAAGUGUAUACUUCAAGCACUGUCAAUGUAGAGAUCUUCUACUCUGAUUCAUCAGACAUCACAGAGAUGCUUCUACAUGUCCCAGACCAGGUAUAUGUUUCAAAGCUUCAAGUUUAAAUAUAAAACAAAUACUAUAUUGCAUGCCACAGGAUCAUGGGAUGAUUAGUCUUAAACUCUCACAAAAAGUCUCCUGGGUUCAGUGAAGUGGUCACAAAAUGACCAAGCAGUUGGUACACGAGAUAAUUAGAAGAUGGCGUCUCUAAACCUUGCACCUGCAUACUGGCUCCUUAUGUUUCAUGCUCACUGAAUAUGAUUCAAGAAACAUGGGCACACAGCUGCAAUACCAGAUUCCCGAACAGCCUUAAAAAAAAUUGAGAUAUCUGUCCACCCAGCACCUUAUGGCUUAUUCUUUGGCAUUUACUGGACCUAUACUCUUGAAAUAUUUCUAUUAUUACACAAUCAGCCAUAAGUCAACAUUAACUUCCGAUGGCCAUUACUUAAAAAUUCUCUUUCAUGGCUUGUAGAUAAUGGUGCUAUGCCAUCAACUGUGUGACUUUCUUGAUAUUUAGUUUGUUAUAAUCCUUAAGAUUUUACUUGUUUGAUGUUCAGUUUAUUAUAGUCCUUAAGAUUAUUAGGAUGCUGCCACACACAUGCCGACUAAUUUAUGGUUAAUUUAUAGUGAUGCUGCUUUCCAUCAUGUCCACUCUAUUAAUUGCUUAUUCUUUGAUUGACACAUUUUAUUUUUCCAUAACAAGUAAUGCUCACAAAAACAAGUAAAAAAUCAUUUAUUUGCUCUAUAAAGAACUCUUGUCGGGGAGAUGUGAUGCAAUACCAAAUGAAAAUUACUCAUUUAUAGCAUGAAAAAUGGGUCAGAAAUCAAAUCAAAUAAAUUGCAAUGGACUGCGUGUUAAUGUUUCAUAAAUAUCAUGCAGUUUAUACUGUGGAAGUUGCCAAUAAAAAUUGUGUGCAAACUGGUAAGAGAUGUGUUGUAGGAGAUAAUCAAGUAUUUAAAUAUUUGUCAAAAGGGAGUGCAUGGGAAAGAGAAAGUGUUGGGGUGUUGCUAAAGAAGCCAAAAAAAAAGGGGGGGGGGGGGAUUAAGCUGAAAGUUCUAGCAAUGUAUUAAUGAUACCCAUAAUAGCCCACGUGUAACUGAAAGAACUAAGCUGUAGACAGUGUAAAUGUUGUCUUUGUGAUACCCCAAUGCCCAUAUGUGGGUGA